AUGGUGCACGCCAAAUCCAAGAAGACCGCAGGGUUGGGCAACGCCCUGAUGAACGAUCGCUUUGGCAAGGGUCGUGGCGCAGACAGGAAGAAGAGUACCAUCACCAGAGUGAACCACGCUACAGGAGAAGAGUACCUCACGAACGAGCGACAAGAAGCAUCAUGGGUCAAAAUGCGAUCAGUUACCGAGCAAGGCGCUCUUGACGAGUUCCUCGCGACCGCAGAGCUGGCGGGCACGGACUUUACGGCGGAGAAAAUGAAUAACGUCAAGAUCAUCCACACCGAUCAGAAGAACCCGUAUCUUCUUUCUGGAGCAGAGGAAAGGGCCAUCAUUGGCAAGCAGAAGGCCCACAGAGGACGCUUGACAGUGCCAAGAAGACCAAAGUGGGAUGCGUCCACCACACCGGAGGAGCUGGACAGACGGGAGAGGGAAAGUUUCCUUGACUGGAGACGAGGCCUCGCCGAACUUCAGGAGAACAACGAUCUACUCAUGACGCCGUUCGAGCGUAACCUUGAGGUGUGGAGGCAGCUUUGGCGUGUCAUUGAACGAUCAGACUUGAUUGUUCAGAUCGUCGAUGCUAGGAACCCCUUGCUUUUCAGAUCCGAGGAUUUGGAGCACUACGUCAAAGACAUCGACUCGAAGAAGGAGAACCUGCUGCUGAUCAACAAGGCCGACAUGCUCACACUGAAGCAGCGCAAGAUGUGGGCAAAGUACCUGAAGGAGAACGGCAUUGCGUACAGAUUCUUCUCUGCGCAUCUUGCGAAAGAACUGCUUGAGGCCAUGGAGAGCGACGACGAGUCAGAGGAUGAAGAACCUGAGGCUGGCAGUAGCUCCAACGCUGCCACGAAGGAUGCCGCAUCCGCCAAGGAGGAGAGCUCAGAGGAGGAUGAAAAUGAGGAAGAGAAGGACGACAAAGAGGACGGCGGCGCAGAGACCGCUCAGCCUGAGAUUUCGCAGCCGGAGGCUGAGGCUGACGUUGAUGACACAGACAGCAGGAUGCUCUAUUCGAGAAGAUGA